GCUGUGGCGCUUGUUUGCUUUACCGCGAUCAUUUCCGUGCCGUCAGCCUAAACAGUGCGCAACCCUUAGGAGAAUCAACAGUUGGUGCAUGCGGAACUACAACAAUUUCAUAACCGUACACAUACUACGUUUAUAAAUACAGGUCGAGUUUAUCGGAAAUAACCAACAGCCGACUCCGAUAAUUUUGUGCAGGCGCGCAGGUUUGGUACACGAAGUGGGGAUUUAUAGACGUGUGAUAAAUACUUGAAACAAAUAUGAUAAUCGACGAAUUAACCACAAGAAACAAUAACAUAUUAGAAGUGAUGUUUAUUGUAGAAGAAGAUGGGCGGCUGGUAAUGUGGUUUUAUGCACCAGCUGGCGCCACCAUACAUAUACCGCUGGUCCCUCGGAUCGAUUUUGACAUAUAUUUACGACGAUCGGCAAUUCCUUUAAGACUUUUACCACAAUCAAUCCAACAACGAUCAUUACCACUGCCUCCAUUUCUACAACCACUAUCCCGAUUAUCUCCAAUACCACUACCACCACCACCGCCAACACAACCACAUCAACCUAAACUACCACAACGACGACCGCCACCAAUCGCAGUUAGUAUACCUAUUAACUAUAGGCCACUCGGAGUUCCACCGGAUUAUUACCACAACUUUUGGUUUAGAAUUCACCGUACGAAGUUCAAUGGUCCUGUUUCAAUUAGGCUGCCCACGUUCUCAGAGCGGCAAAAAAGGGUUCGAAAAAACUUUUCAAUACAACAGCCGCCACAAGCAAUUUUAAAACUCCGUACCCGAAAACAGGAACGUAUCCAAUUGUGUUCCAAGCGCGGACUGGGAACUUCGAAGUCACCGUCCAUCCCAUCGCCGAUUGAUUAUAAUAAUCAUUCGUAUAAUUGGAAACUUCGGCCACCGGCAAAUGCCACAUGUCAGCCACCGAACUGGCAUAUGACGAGCCAUUUCAGAUCUAGUCCUCAACUCCGAAGACGAAAAUGCGAAUGCAAAAUGAUGCCAGUUCGUUUGGAGAUUUCGCACAAUACCAUUGGCCUGGUGGAAAUGAUACAGGCACACGAAAGCGAAGACGACGACGAAGAAGAAGAGUUAGAAACUUAGAAGUGGAACUAGAUGACAUUUUCA